CUUCCAUCAAUCCGCAUCUCUCCUUUCUCCUGCGUCUCCUUGGAAAUUUUCCAUUACAGAUCAACAGGUGUUUGAAAUAAAUCUUUGUGGAGAAGCAAGCUCAUAGAUCUUACCAUGAGAGUCAUCGACAAAUUUUUAGUGUUUAUGUCCAUAACAAUGAUAUCAACGGUCAUGGGCCAACUACCCUUUUUUCUUCAACGCUUCAGACCUAAAAAUGGACUGCUAGGAUCGGCAAGUUCUUACGCAUCUUUAUUCAGUCCAUUGUCAUCUGCUUCCUACAUUUCACCAUCGUACAGUUCUGGUCCAUCAUUCUUCGGAUCCUCAUCCUCAAACUUUGGGCCAUCCUUUGGAUCUUUCAGCCUCGGUUCUUCACCUGUACCUUCGACAAGCUUUGGCUCGUUAGGUCUAGGAUCUUCACCAUUUCCUUCAACAAGUUUCGGAUCACUAGGUCUAGGAUCAUCUCCAUUUUCUUCGACAAGUUUCGGAUCUUCGUCGUUUGGACCACAAUUUUCAUCAUCUGGUUUUGGAUCGUCUUUUAUACCACCAAGUGGAUCAUCUUCUUUUUCGUCGUCUGGGUUAGGAAAUCCAGUAUUUUCGUCAGCAUCUAGUUUUGGAUCAUCUAAUCUAGGGUAUUCACCAUUUUCAGCAGCCAGUUUCAAUUCUCCAACCUUCGGAUCACCUAAUUUGCGUCCUCCUAAAUUUGAGCCAUCAAGUUUGGGCUCUUCAUCCCUAUCAGAUUACAGUUCAUCCGGCAGUUUUGAUGGACUCGGAGAACUUGAUCCUAUUGACCUCAUUGAAGACUAUCCAGGCUUUUCCAAUGCAGGCUUUGGUAAAGACCUGAAUUUCGCUGGAUCACAUCCGCCCAUGAAAUACCAAUCACCUCCACGGCCUAUAAGUAACGACGUCAGUUUCUUCAAGCGAUCUGAAGAUAAAAAUUAGAAUCUAAUGUACAAGGCGCCACCUGGUGUGGAGCGAUCAAUUCAGUUCAUCGCGAUUCAUUUUCUACAAACCAACUCAUGAAAGAUCAUCAUUUGCAUUGAUUUGUAAAUAGUUGCA